AUGGUCGAUCAGAAGCUUAGCGGCCGACAAAUGAUGGAGCUCUUUUAUACUGAAGUCGACCAAGCUUUAUCGAUUGAGGAGAAGGCAAAUGCUCCCUCUCUUUUCCGUUGCAAGUGUGGUACAACACGUUCACAACGUCUUAAGAGCGGAUAUACGAAUUUGGUGCAACAUGUGAUGUUCAAACACAAAGACUGGGUGGUAGCUGCCUCACGUGGCAUCUAUCCGACAUCGAUAUUGACUUCAUCACAUUCUGAAAAGCUUAAACGUAAGAGAAACGCGACUUUAAAAGUUGCUCAGAGCAGUGAGAAAAAGCCAAAGACGCUUAAUAAGGUGAAGACAUUGCAAUCGACUACAUCAACAGUCAUACAAAAACGUUCAAAUUAUCUUUCAUGGGAGGAUUAUUUUAUGAGUGUCGCUUUUCUCAGUGCUAUGCGUUCGAAAGAUCCGUCAACCCAAGUUGGAGCAUGCAUUGUGAGUUCCGAACGAAAGAUUGUUGGAAUUGGCUACAAUGGAUUCCCAAAUGGCUGUGGUGACGAUGAUUUACCGUGGGCACGUGAGAGUCAAACUAAUUCACAUCUUGAUACUAAGUAUCCGUAUGUUUGUCAUGCAGAGAUGAAUGCUAUUCUGAAUAAAAAUUCGACUGACGUAAAGGGAUGCACGAUAUACGUGGCACUUUUUCCUUGUAAUGAAUGUGCCAAGCUUAUCAUUCAGAGUGGCAUCUCGCGCGUUAUUUACUGUUCUGAUAAGUACAACAGCGACUGGAAGUUCGUGGCUUCACGUCGGCUCUUUGACAUGGCCGGUGUGCAAUAUAUGCAGCACAAGCUUGAGCUCUCGAAGGUCGUGAUCGAUUUUACUUCCGUCAUAUGA